GUCACCAGAGAAGGCCGGAUGCCCGCUGACCCGGGGCCGGAGGCGGGCAGCGGCUGGCCGGGCCUCCUCAUGUCCUGCCUGAAGGGCCCCCAUGUCCUCCUGAAGAUGGAGGCCAUGAAGAUCGUGCACCCCGAGAAGUUCCCCGAGCUGCAGGCCGCCCCCUGCCCGGCCCUGGCCCCCAAGCGGGCCUGGCCCUCCGACACCGAGAUCAUCGUCAACCAGGCGUGCGGGGCGGACGUGCCGGCGCUGGAGGGGGCGCGCACGCCGCCCCUGCCCCGCCGGCCGCGCCCGGGCAGCGCGGAGCCGGGCGCAGGCGAGGUCAUCGCCAACCAGUACGCGGGGGCGCCCGCGGCGCCGGCCGGCGAGCCUCUGGAGUGCCCCACGUGCGGGCACACGUACAACGCGGCGCAGCGGCGGCCGCGCGUGCUGUCCUGUCUGCACUCGGUGUGUGAGCAGUGCCUGCAGAUCCUCUACGAGUCCUGCCCCAAGUACAAGUUCAUCUCCUGCCCCACCUGCCGCCGCGAGACUGUGCUCUUCACCGACUACGGCCUGGCCGCGUUGGCCGUCAACACGUCCAUCCUCAGCCGCCUGCCCCCCGAGGCGCUCGCCGCCCCCGCGGGGGGCCCCUGGGGGGGCGAGCCGGAGGGCAGCUGCUACCAGACCUUCCGGCAGUACUGCGGUGCCGCCUGCGCCUGCCACGCUCGGAACCCGCUCUCCGCCUGCUCCAUCAUGUAGCGCUGCGCCCGCCACCGCCGGCCUGUCUGCGCGCCGCCCGCCGCCUCCCCACCCACCACAGCUUCUGGCCCCCAGCCGCGUGGCGUUCUCGCUGCCACCAGCUCUGCCAUUAAAACUCUUUGCCAAAGUUU